GAACGAGCAGCGAGACCAGUGAUCGUGAUAAUUUCGAAGCAGAUAGCUCGUAAUCUCGGCAAAAGUAGCGCCAAAUUAUCAAAAAGCGAAAUUCGGCGUAGUUCCCAUGGAAAAUUGACUAAAAUUUAUUGUUUCGAUCGUUAGCGAUUUGUAAAUUUAGCCGAAGAUGGAGCGAUAUCAACGCAAGACUCCGUUGGAUGUGCUGAAGUCCAUGUGGCUCGCUAUCCGGGAAGCCAACGGAGAGGAAAUCGAACACACCAGACUGGUCAAACAUCUACAUAAACUGUUUUCAUCGUGCACUGGAGAUCAAAUUGAAUCUUAUGUCAGCAAUGCGGUGGUCGACGGUUUGAUCCAAAUUGUCGAGAACCCAAAGAAACCGAAGCCCAAAUCGGUUUACCAUUAUUCGCUGCCAGAUAUAUCCGAUUUCUCUUUUCCGGAAAAUCAUCCGGACGUAUAUUGCUACGAAUGUCAUCUGGAAGGAAAUGUCCAGAAAUGCGUAGACUGCCAUCGCGUAUUCCAUCGUAGAUGCGUGAAGACAUUGGCAGAGAAACAUGUGGAGAUGGAAAAAUUUGUCACCAAAUACAAACGAGUCAACAUAUCCGACUUCGGUCUUCCUCAUCUUUCCAAUAAGGAUGCGUACUCGGUCAGCUCUCCGAUAACGGUUGCUACGGAACCUUCGCCGGUACCGACAUCGCCUCAGGUUGAUGCCAACGAGAAUCAUACAGUCUCGGUGGAUAUUGAAAUGCCAGAUAACUCAAAAGUCAAAGACGAAAUCGACGAGCUGGACAUCAAACAGGAAGACUGUAAGCAGCAAAUCGAUGAGCUGGUUUAUGUAGGUGUUGUGCGACCACCUGAUCGCCGACUGGAAGAACGCUUGAACACUCCGACAAUCAAACCGGAGGACAAUGGCAGCCAUAUAAUGGAUACUGAAGAGUUUAUCCAGAGGUAUUGUUACCCAUGUCGGCAGAUGCGUAACAAUGUGUACAACACACCGCCGAACAUGAGCCAAGGGGAACUGAACUAUUUGCUUCAGUUUGUGUUCCAGGAGUACAAAUCUUGGCUUCCCCACGAUACUUACGCUCCAACUCGAUUGUUCAACAACCGACCGCGUGUUUCGGAAGUAGUGGACAACAUGGAUCUAUGCAAAAAGCUGCUGCUACGUAAUCCUAUUUCCAUGGACACAAUUCAGCAGAAAAUCGAAGAUAAAAAGUACGAGCGCCUGGAAGAAUUUGGUGUGGAUAUUUUGGACAUAGCUCACAACAUCGGAAUCAUUCAUGGAGCCAACUCCAUGGAGUACAAUGCUGUGAUGUAUCUGGAGACGGACUGCGUUUACGAUUUGUAUGAAAUCCAUCAGUGCGCGGACUGUUUCCGACACUCGAAUGAAAAGGCUGAACCGGAUUGGUUUGCCCGACCAUGCAUUACACGCCAUGAGUUGGUGUAUGCUAAGCAUAAGGGCUAUCAGUACUGGCCGGCGAAAGUCAUUCGAGUGGUUAAUAACAAGUACGAUGUUCGCUUUUUUGGCGACAAGCAUUCCCGUGCCGUAGUAGAUGCGGCCUAUGUCAAGCCUAUUGACAGCGAUUUCGAUGCGUUGAAAAUAAACCCAAAAAAGCCAGGAUUCCAGAAAGCUAUGGAUGAACUGCACAAACACCAGGCUUUGAUAAAUCUUCCUAAGGAUUACUACGCGUACGGAAGUAAGCCCGCUAAGCCCAUCAGCGUUAUGCUGCAAAAUGCAGGCAUAGGACCAAUCAUAUAUUCGGGUGCUUCGGGUUCGGCUAUCAAAAUUCCGAAGAAACGUGGCCGAAAACCUAAAGGACAUAAUGCUUCUACAGCUAGUGACGUUCUAAGCUCAGCAUCGGAGUCGUUUGAGCAAAUAGUGGCAAGCCCUGGCACUCCGCAGCAGCGAACACCAAACACCGUUCAGAGGAGCGUUGAGAAACGAACAACUCGACAGAAGGAGAAACGACCAAUUGAAGUGAUUGAGAACAAUGAAAACUCCCCCACAUCAUCAAAGAGUCUUCGUCUUGAGCACGACAUUGUCCCAUUGAUUGGAUCGAGUUCAACUGUAAUGACGCCGGUUCAAAGCAAUGAAAGCAUUUCUAUUGAAUCUGGUCCAUCUGAAGAAUCACUGAAACAGCGAAGCCCUCGCAUCAAAGCUCAGUUGAAGCGACAGUACUCGGAUGACGUGGUAAAGCUCAAAUCGUUGAUGGAUAAGAUGGAUGAUAUCGAGAAGGUUAAGCAGCUGGCCGCGGAUGCGCUCCAAGAGGACAUUAACCGUUGGCAGCAAAAGCUCCGUACUCUAGUAACUGAGUACCAAAUGCGUAUCAUCGACGUGAAGCAUAAGCAAUGGUGCAGAAGCUGUGAUCACGAGUCCAUACUGCACUGUUGCUGGAAUACGUCGUACUGUUCCCGAGAGUGCCAAGAGAAAGACUGGCCAACUCACAAGAGGUUGCACAAGUUUUCCAAGCAUCAGUAAUUUCGGCAUUUGAAGUAUGUUCUCACUUUAUUCCGCAAAGAUCUCCGAAUAUCUCAAACCGUAUUAUUAUUUUUUUUUUCAUUUGAUACUUUUUAAUGAAAAGCAGUAGAAUUGCUUUGAAUUGUUCUUUUUUUUUGUUUUCUAUUACUGCGAAACCAUGAAUUCACCGCAGUAUACGCAAUAACAAAGGUGAAAAUGAAUUGCAAUGUAACACCUAGGUUAAAGCCGUUUGUUGAAUUUAAUAAAAAUGUAACCAUGUA